UUCCCAAUUUUAUGACCUGCCCCUGACCUUUUUUUGUUUGAUAAUGGUCGUUAAUCAUCACAGUAACGAUUAAAGUGAUGCAAUAAUAAUGAUAAUUUCUGAUAAUUGUUGACAUUCAAUGAGGUAUCCUUGUGAUGUGGUCAUAAUGAUGAAUUACAUAUAUUUACAUUGCAGACGGAAUAACACAUGUAAUCACCAAACUCAAGGGAUCAAUCGCCAGCCCCAACUAUCCAUAUGAUUACCCAUCUCUGUAUGAUGGCUACUGGGUCAUAGUAGGACCACCCGACUCUAUAAUAACACUCACCAUCGUGGACCAGGCAAUCGGGUGGUAUGAUUCUAUGACCAUUUAUGAAAAUGAUAUUGCCUACAAAUACCAGUAUUUUGGAAAUGGAUAUACACUCAAGAGUAUUGGUAACUCACUGAUUGUGCAUCUAGGAACUAGUUUGUUCUUCAAUAAUCGAGGCUUCUAUGCAACCUAUACCGUGACAGUUUAUCCAGAUGAUUACAAGCGUCCUAUCGGACUGAAAAUGGGCAACUUGUCGGAUGCCCUGUUAACAGCCUCAUCAGAAUACAAUGCCAACUUUUCAUCCAAGUAUGCUCGUCUGGACAACAUGCUGGGCUUCUGGCGUCCAAAGUUCCAAACCUCAUUUGAAUACUUACAGAUUGUGUUCCCGAGCGUGGAAAAGGUCACAGGAUUGAUUUUACAAGGGUCAGUGCCACAGGUGGAUGCACGGUAUAAUUUAAAUCCUAGCUGGGUGAAGGCCUAUACAUUGGACGCACUGAGCCCAGUGACCUUGCUUUGGUGGGCAAUAAAUGUGGAGCUAUUUCCUUUCAACUCAGACUCGGAAACACCAAAGUAUCAAUAUUUUUACAAUCCAUUAGUCAGUAGUGGUUUACGGAUCAGGCCCACUCAAUGGCAUGACAGCAUAGCACUCCGCAUGGAAGUACUUUUAAAGUGCAGCAAAAAUUAUCCCACUGAAGUAACAUAUAAGGUGAUGAAUUUGCAAGGAUUAGUAAAGUUCGAAAUAAGUAAUGCAUUAUUUUGUGGUACAUGUUACCUCUGGGAUUUUGGAGACAAUCAUACAGUUAUUCAAGGCCCCAAUAAUUGUAAUAAAUGGCUACUUAGCAGUGAGACAAUUCCGUAUACUUCCGACCUCAUAGAGUUGUCUUAUAAUUAUUCAGCUUUUGGAAUGUACCACAUGGUAGUUCAGGAAAUCAAUAAUGUUACCAACACAUAUGAAAAAAAUAUUUAUGUCAACAGCUAUGGCUGUGUUCCAGAAGAUGUCACUUUAGUAGAUGAUGUACAAAGCACCAAUAAGACUGGGGUAUUACGCAUUUCUAAAGCAAUGGACUUGGUAAUUAAUCUUAUUUUGACAUGCAUGGUCCAAUAUAAUGAAGACAAGUACAUCUGGUCCAUCAAAAACCUUCAAACUGGAAACAUUAAAAUCAUGCCUGGGUAUGAUGCCAUUCAUCAACGAUUUGACCCCUUAUAUUUUACUGGGGGUACCUUCUUAAUUGAGGUCGCAGUCAAUCUCUCCUCAAUAUAUGUGCCAAUCAUGAAGGACAACCUCACUGUCAUUGUUCAACCGACACCUUUAGAAGUGUACAUCACAGGUGGAGACACCAGGACCGUUAGCAAUGGGGCCGACGUGCAAGUCGACGCAUCUGAGCUGUCGUACGAUCCCGAUGACGUCAGCCAGUCGAACACGGGCAUAGUGUUUCAGUGGAAAUGCACCAAAACAUCUCCAAACAAUGUCACGGCAAACUGCAAGUUCAGUGAAAUGGAUAGUGGAACAAUAUCAAUUCCACAGUCUGAGUUGGAAAUAAAUGCUGUUAUAUUGGCUGAAGUCACAGCAACUAAAGAUGCACGCAAAGAAAACAGAACACAAGCUCUACAAAUCAAGGGAGGAGGUUUUGUGGACGUAUACAUAAGUUGUGUUGGUAACUGUAAUAUGAAAACUACCACGACAGAGCCGCUAGUACUUUCAGUCAGGUGUGCUAACUGUGUCGACGGUGAAAUAAUUACCUACCACUGGAAAAUGGACAAACUUACAGACGUGGAUUUUGAAGCCAUGACUUCUACUGGUAUUUAUUCUCAAGGCUUGGUAGUUACUGAAGACUCUCUGGAAAAAGGGAAGCAACAUGAAAUUAGCGUUCAGGUUGAAAUCCCAAAUAAAGAUCCUGCAAAAGCCACCUACAUGUUUGAAACUGGCUCAACUCCAACAAACGGCAGUUGUACAAGUGAUCUCACGUCAGGUAUCGCGGGAGUCACGUUCUUCAAGCUGUCAUGUGAAAACUGGCUGCAAGACGGUUCAGCUGAAGAGACGUUCUCCUAUUCAUACACGGCAAGGUCCGGCAACACCGAGUUCAACCUAUUCAGCACGCACCUUCACCAGACACCGAAUCUCCUGUUGCCCGCGGGAGAUCUGGACGCCCAAGGGUUACUGGAUCUCCAAGCUAAUGUGUGCAAUUCUUUUGGAGCUUGUUCAUCAGCAUCAAUACUUGUGAACGUGACGCGUCCUUCAGUGGAAAUUCUGAAAAACAAUACCCGUGCAAUGCUGGCAUUUGGAGGCAAAAUCAAUGAUCUGGUGCUCCAGGGCAGUGCCCUUCUGCCCGGGAUCCUAUUGACAGUGUUUGCAUCUUUAGAAAAUACAUCAGUGGAUCCAGAAAUAAAUGAGCUCCAGAAAGAGCUCAUCAAGAUAAUGAUGUCGAUCAGCGUACCCCUGCAGAAUAAAAACUCAAUUUCUCAACUGGCAUCAUCUUUGAAUUCCAUAGUUUCAUAUUCAGGCCCAAGUGACCAGAAUGCUUUAAUCAACACUGCAACAACAAUUUUGCAACAAAUGAAGGUGAUGAGAAAUGUGCAAAGGAAGUAUAUAGCGAAGGUCAUUACAGACAUCUUUGAAAUAGGUGCAAAUGCAUUUCAGAUGCAAUUGAAUUUACAAAGUGAUGUAAACGACAACCAAAUAUCAUCUUUUGCAAAAAAUGACUCAUAUUUGAAAAAUACCUUCGAUAAUGCGUACAACACAUUGCUGCUGAUUGGAGAAGUGGAGAGUAAAAAUUCUGUAUCUGGAGAGAAGGCCGUCACGUUAAAUGGUAACAAUAUGUCUCUAGUGAUGCAGACAGUUUCUGAGCAAGCCCUCCUCAACUCAACCUGGAAAACAGUAGAUGGGAGUGAUGCUUCACUUAUUGGGACCAAUAGUUCAACAUUUUUACAGCUGAAGGACAAAGUAAAUGUCCAGGUAUGUUCAUUUGUAGAAAAUCCAUUUUUGUGGGAUAAGAAAUCUCCCGUGAACAGUUCGGUGGUCAGCUUGAAGAUUAGCAUUGCUAAAAAACGUAUCAAUGUUACCUCUGCAAUAAUCAAAGUAACAAAUCAAAGAAUUGUAGGGCAGGAGAUUUCACUGCCAGUACUUACCACAAACGACACUGUGCAAGGUAAAGCAUUUGUCAAUGCAAACAGUGGAAUGGUCAUAAUGUUGGAUUUUCUACCGACCAGUGACAUUCUGAAUGAAGUGGAGCUCUUACUACGCUUUGAACAACAGCCAGAGUUUGAGCCACUGCUCUAUGACUUCAGCUUUGUUGUGAAUUCCAGCACAUCGGGAAGUGACAAACUGCAUCAGUCUUUGAACACGGGUGGAUUCGGAUUAAAAAACAAGAUGGUGAAUAGUGUUCAGGCUCUUCCUCGAUUUUUCAUUCCCAGUAAUGCAACUCAGGUAGGAGUUUAUCAUAUUGCUGCCCUCUAUACAGGCAGUGACAAAAAGCUUGUCAUUAAUAAAAAAGUCAAAAUAAACGCAUGGACAUUAGCUUGCAAAUCGAGGGACAUCUCCGUUAACGAGUGGAAAUACACCUCGGCACAGGUUCACCCAAACUCCACACGUGAUAUGACAGUCUGUGUGGUUGGUGGAAACCAGAGCGCUGGUGAUAUAAAUUUUGGUCAACAAAACGUAUUUAUUGCAGCAGAGUUUUUGACACCAAACCUUAUUGAUUUUACAAGUGUCUUCACAAAAUUUGACCUGGAGACAAACGGUGCCGUUUUUGCGACUGUCACUGUCAUCGUCUUGCUCUAUAUCAUCGUGCUGCUGUGGGCAAGAAACCAAGACAUACAAGAUCAAGAUAAGAACAAAGUGUUUUAUCUAUCGGACCUCGAUGGAGACAAUAAGUGCUGGCUCUUACUACGAGUGAAAACAGUGUCAGAAGAGGAUUCUGGUACUCAGUCCUGUGCCUAUUUCAACCUGUACUUUCACGAGUCUGAACUCGGUACACGGGAACUCGCUCACCCAGAUUUAAAGGAAUUUGAAACAGGCAUAACAUAUAACUUCAUAUUCUCUAUGCCUGAAAACUAUGGAACACCAUCUCAUAUUAAAUUAUGGCUCAAAGGCAACAAUCCCUGUGAUUGCUGGAACAUCAGUGAACUGUCCGUGUUUGACCAGGAAAAUGAACAUGUAUAUUUCUUUGUGGAUAGUUCGUUGCCAUCCUCACGUUUUAACAUUAAUUAUUAUCCUAAAAUGUUCAAGGUUAGAGAUGAAUCUUUUCUAUUUUCUAAUAAGCUCCUGGUGAAUACAGCCUUAAAGGGUAAUUUUUCGGACAGUCACCUUUGGUUUUCUGUUUUCAUCCGCCCAUUCAAGACCAACUUCUCCCGUGUACAUCGCAUCUCCUGCUGCAUCACACUCCUCUUCCUCAUGAUGAUCGUCAAUGCCAUGUGGUUCGGCAAGAAGCAGGCGGCCAACGAGGCGGGAGGCGGGGUCGCGGUGGGGCCGCUGUCUCUCACCGACGUCCUAAUCAGCCUCCUCAGCAGCCUGGUGGAGGUGCCUGUCAGCCUCGUGGUCGUGCUCAUAUUCCGCAACAGCCGCUCGGAGAGUGAGCGGCCUCCAGGCCAGAAGAGCUCGUGGAGGGGCCCUUGGCCCGGUGGCUGCAGAUGCGUAGCCUGGUGUCUCGUGGUUCUUGCUGUCCUGAGCUCUGGCUUCUUCACGAUUCUCUACAGCAUGGAGUGGGGCCCAGAGAAGGCAAACCGCUGGCUCAUUCGAUUCUUCUCAUCCUUCCUAAUAUCUGUAAUAUUGGUUCAACCCAUGAAGAACAUUGUCUCUGCAUUUGGGAAGUAUUUACUGUGGAAAAAGGCAAAGCAUUUUCACAACCGAGAGAUAAUACAAUCGUACGUAGAGGUUCACAGUGCUCUGCACUCAAGCCAACUGAAAGAGCCAUCUUUUGCAAAGGCAAAUUGCCUCAUUUUCGGACGGACUUUACAAAGGUUACUACGCCUAAAGAUACUUUUUAGUGUCCUCUACCUGGUGCCGCUGUUUUUUGUAGCAUACACACAUGUGAAUGGUUCGGCCAUUCAUUUUAAAACGAAUACAGAGAAAACAUUCAUUACGAGAAAAUUUGAAACCGUUGCUGAUAUCCUAGACUAUUGGGACUGGGUGUCUAACUCAAUCUUACCAUACAUGAUUCAAACCCAUUCCAGCACAGUUGCCGAAAACAAUUAUCUCAACAAGACAAAGUCCUUUGAAAUUGUUUUAAUUGGGCUGGUUCAGUUGAGACAGAAGAGAUACACAAAAGCACCAAGUGAGAUGAAUUAUGUGAAAAUGUUGGAAGAUGUCGAAUACUUUCCACCAGAAAGGGAUACUAGUAACUAUACGAAGGCCUGGGUAAAAUCAAACAUAAUAGAUGAUGAGAAAGACAAAUACUGGAUUUACCAGAAUCUAGAAGGAGAGAGCACCCUAAUUAACUUCGAUUCACUCGGGAGUGACGGUUACUUGGUGGACUUGAUAAAUGAUGCAGCAAACGCCACCGACACUCUUGCGUACCUGAAGGAAAACUCCUGGCUAGACUCCCGCACGGCGGCACUCACCACAGAGCUAACGGUGUUCAACGCAAACACAAAUCUGCUUUGCCAUAUUAAUCUGCUUCUGGGUUUCUCUCCAUCUGGUGUUGCAACACCACAAGGCCAUCUCGCAGUGUUUUCUAUACAUAUGAGUGAAAAUAUUUGGUUUGUGGUUACCAUGGCUGCUUAUACCUCAAUUUCGGUCUUGAGCUUUUUUCUCUUGGGUGACGAAAUUCUGAAAUUUAAGAAAGAAAAAAUGGCCUACUUUAGCAAUGCCAUCCAUUUUGUGGAAAUUACCAGCUUUGUCCUAAGGAUAACCUUGGUCACAAUUUAUUACAAAUCAUAUGUGGCUCUCAAAGAGACUCUUCUCAAACACACUCAAGAUGGCAAUGUGACCUUCGGCAAGCUGGCCUCGCUGGACGAGUGUCUCCGGGCGGUGCUGGCACUGCUGGUAUUCGUGGAGUCCCUGAAGGUUCUUCAGCUCCUCCACCGUGGAGCGAGGUGGUGCCUGGCGCUGCCUCUGCUGUGCUGUGAGACGCGAAUCAAGAGCCGACUGCUGCUGUUGGUUGUGCUGUUGUGCGCCUACAGCCUCUCUCUGCAUGGCCUGUAUGGCGCCCGCUCCUGGGCCCACUCCUUCCAGUCCGUGACCUCUGCGCUCUUGCGCAUGUCCCGUCUGGGAGAGGCGCUAGGUGGCGGAGGGGCAUGCGCCACGCUCGCAUACCUCUCCUUCAGGCUGCUGUCCUUUCUCUUGCUAUUCUCACCAAAAAAUAGAAAUGUUUCCCCACUCUCAGAGUAAUGGUGUCCACCUAGCAAACCUGUGCUGUAUUUCCAGUACAGUACUUUACAAACAUUGUGGAAAUGAAGCACUUUCCUAUAGAUAGAAAAUGCUAUAUUCCUCAUUGAUAAGAUUUGUUUUUAUCCUAACUCCAGCAGUGACCUUUUGUUUAAAAUAUUUUAUCGAAGUUUACCUCUUUGAGUUGGUUUUUGUUAUUCAAUUAAACAUUCUCAUCAGUAAACACUUGCAAUUAAGUCUUGGGAAUGCCUUGUUUCAAGGCAAUGAACCGCAUUCCCAUGAAUUGUCAUCUGUAUAUCAUGUUAAACAUUGUCAUUUCUUUUUGAUUAUCAAUCUUUACGUGUUGAUGUAGUCAUGUAAUGUUGACUAAUGUAAUUUCUCAAUUAUCCCCCACCGUCUUAACCGACACACGUUAGUUCUUGUUGUUGGUGUUUUCUACAUUUAAGUUGAAAACCAAUGAGUUGAAAACCGAUGCUACAAGGCUCUCUGUGCAUGUUACAUUUGGCAUGGUCAUUUGGGUAAUUGUCAGUGUUUGUAAUAUUAUACAUGUGGCGCACUGAAAAACACGAUAUGGCAUUAAAUUGCCAGGUUAUUUAGAUCCUGCCUUAGAGCACACAUCACUAUUUAGAGACUUGUCUAUCUUUAUGUUUGAAGGCAUGUUUGAUUGAUAGGAAAAGUGUUGUCAUUGCGAUUCAGUGCACUAGUUAUAUCUACUCCUGAACAUAAGACAAACUAAUUUUAUGAUACUUAUUCUGCUCGCUGGAAAUUAUAGAAUUACAGUUUCAUUGCACGUUUCUUUUAUGCAUGUAUUUCAAACUUAUUUUGCACUCUAUGUA